AUGCAUAUCCUCUCAACCGCAACCCUCAUAGUCACCUCACUCGCCACCCUCGUCGUCGCAAUACCAAUACCUAUCAGUACUACCAGCGACGGUAUUAGUAACACCCCCAAUGCGGGAGGAGUACAACAAGGGUCUAUGAGCAGACGGAGUACGACUACUACUACUGGCGGUAGUAGUAGGGAGAUGAAUAUUAAGGUUAAUAUCAAACGGUCGGAUCAAGAUAGUCGUGUUAGAUUGGAUACGAGGGCGUUUUUGGAGACUUUUUCUGGGG